GACUAAGACAUGGGUAAUCAGCUUAGCAGUAGUCCCCCACGCUAGAAGUGGUCGGUUCAAAAACAAGAUCUGUUAGAUUGUCUUCGAUGAGUCUUUGAAGAAUUUGUUGUGACCCAUAGAAGAUGUAAGUACUGAACUCUUCGAUCACGAACAAGAGCAGUUCAACCUCUGCUAUUUGGGUCCAUCGGUUCAUGCCAUUCAUCUGUUGUCGGUAUGCUUGACCUUCUUUGCUGAUCAACUACGAUUCUAGAAGAUACGAGCAGUCGUAGAAUGUAUAGAAGAGUUGGACGUGGUGAUCUUUCCGACCACAGACCGUGAGUACUCAUGUAACUUCACGAACCAGGUGUUUUCAUGACGCAUCUCAUAGUGCAUCUCUCAUGACCCUCCUGUCUGUCCACCACACAUAUACCUCCUCUCCCACUAUUGUCCUUCUUUGGGUCGUUUGUGACUUUUUUGUCGAAGAAAGAGACACGUGCUUUUCUGUUCAACACAUGAUAGGAAUCUUAGAAUAAUUUCCCUCAUCCUUUUUUUUCACUUCCAUGUUGACUGCAUGCGAGACCUAGAUCUUCAACAUUCUAACAGAGCUCAACAUAGACUGCAUUUCCAUCUCGCUUCUGGGAACAAGAUAUCCCGAUAAAACUCCGCACUCUAUCCUUGCUGCUGAUUGUUCUUGUUGAAACUGAAAACUACCGCUAAUCAGUCUAUCAAUCCUAAAAGAACAGAAGGUAUCACUCUUACUCUCCCUUGAACCUUGAGCCUUAAGAUGUCAUCUCGCUACCACGGUCGUGGUGGCAAGACCGCGGGGCAUGUCCUGCGGUCUCAGAAGCUACGCUCUUUCUCAGGCUCUCCCGAUGUGUGGGCGUCACCAGCCGGCCAAAAAGCCUCUUCCUACGGAACCGUAACACCCGCUCAUAUGAAGGCAAGUGGUAGUGCAGCUUCGUAUACAACAGCAACUGGAGGGAGGGAGUCUACAUUAUGGAAAGAUUUCUGUGUUGUAGAAGUUUCGGUUGGUGGCACAAAUACAGGUCUUUAUAAUACCUGAAAGCUGAUAUGUUUAAUGAACUGAGUUGAAGUCCUCUAAUGCCAGCCUGUAGCAACGUGAAUACGGAUGCAGAGUCAGCGUUCGAGACCCCAUUGGCCUUAUCGCCGAUGCCUCGGCGACAACUCCAUAGCAGUGGUGGCACGAAUAUUGCCACACCCUCCAGCACCCCGUCUGGUACACCAAUAUCACCGAAAUGGUCAACCCGAGUCCAGAGCACUACGCCCAAGAACUUCUUGACGCCGAAAAGUCAUUUUUCCCCGCUGAAAGUUAUGAACAAUGCGGGGUACUUAUCGUGUGUGAUGUCUGUGUACGAAUGCUUUUUAUUCUUGAUUGACUAGUCCUGGACGGGUGGAUUGAUUCAUUCAUUUUUGACGCGUCAGUGCAACUAGGGUUCUCUAUGGUAGAAGUGGUAUGAUAGUACAAGGGAUCAUGUGAAGUCAUUGUGUUAUAAGUCCUUAAGUACUAGAUCUGGAUGCAAGUAGAUUUCUUGCCGCUCUAAGAAAAGGAUGAUGUCGCCGUCGCCAGCGAAGUCGGCUUCGAAGAGUUCGUUGCUCAAAGAAAGCUUCGCGUUGCAGAUGAACAUUAUGGAUUGUGAAGAUGCAUUUGGAUAGUGAUUCUGACGACUGAAGAAGACUUGAUGAAGAUUGUCUCUCUUGGGAAGAUGUAAGGUGUUAUUGUAUUACAAAAAAACAUUUGAGACGCGCUUUAGCAUUGAGAUACCACUUCUAAGAUCAAACUGCAACAGGAAGACGAAUGUGAGAGAGGGGAGAAAAACACGCCACUGGUGUCGCCGGUCAAGAUUGCACCACUAGGGACACCCUCUCCAUCACCGACCAAAAUCACCUCUUCGAGCGCUGCAACAUCAUCGACGCCUAGUACUUCUAGUGCCACUACUGUCUCUAGUAGUUGUACCACUGGUAAGUGUAGAGCAGCCACCUCGAUUCCUUAUCCGAAGAAACACGGCCACAACGAUUUACGCCAGAUUUUUGGAGUCCGCUAUAAUCCGAAUGCCCAUAGGGCAGGCGACAACUACGUCGCUGUGGGAUAUGCUGAUGGUACUUCCGCAUUGAUUGAUGCUACUACAGUACUUUAUUUUUCCGUCGCUGAAUCUGUUUCGUCUUGCCGGUAGUUCAGGAUGACUACUUCUUGAGACGUGACGACGAUGCUGAGGGAUAUGCCGAUGGUGCAUGAGAUUUAGACUAGUAAGAUCUUACUACGCCUGAAAGGAAGUGGUUUACUCUGUACUUCUCUAUCCUUUACCUACUAUCCUUCCUUUUUCUUUUCCUAGUUAGCUUGGCUCCACCCAUAAUAUAAUGAUGAGUGGCCCCACACCCACCUCAUUAAAAACAGGUGCCCUCCGUGUCUUCCAGAACGAUUCUUGGUGCAAAGUGGCCACAUGUCCCUCUGAAUUCGACACACCGGAUCCAGAGACCCUGAAGUUGAUAGAAAAAGGUAUCCAAGUCUCCGCUGCCACGACAGAACCAAAUGAUCCGAUUAUUAUGAACAGGAACGAUGUUGAAGUUGAUGAAAGUCAGUGUGCGACGAGGACUUUGGUUUUCGUAAUUGAAGCUGAUGCUAACGAACCUGCUAUAUAGUGGAGAUCUCGGAACAACACAUACACACUCGCUCUGUCUCUUUCUCUCCUUGAACUAUGGUUAACCCACCCUAAGAUGAAAACUCACCCUUUCUCUCUUCUUUCUAACCUGUCCUCCCUGAAGUGGCUUGACAGCAAACGUAUUCUGUUUUUGCAGGGUAGCCAGAUCAACAUCUUGAACAUGGAGCAACCGUCGAGGCUUCAAAAAGUCGAGCAUAAUCAUGGCACGCAGUACGUCUGUGACGUGACCCACAAUGGAACGGAUUUGGCUGGUAUUUCCUUUCGAUUUGUCUUUUUUCAUUCCCGUCAGACGGACCAUUGUCUUUGCUCUACUGUGCUUCUGUCUUUUCAAUCAAUGUUUUUCUCAUCAAUUAUUGCUGGGCAGUCAGUGUCUUCAGGGGCUACAUCCUCCCAGAACCUACCAUCAUGAACUGACAGCGUGCAAGAGGCCUCAGCGUUUUCUCGUGGGUGGAACGGAUCGAAAGGUGGUCAUCUACGAUGCUAAAACGCUGCAAGAGACCUGCUGUUUGAAGAAAAGCCUCUACCUGGCGGACAGCUUUGCACAUAGUAUAAACCAUGCUCCUUUUCGCACACUAAGUAGAUUCUUUUCUACACUAAAAAGAGCCGGUAGAAAUAACAAGGUAGUCGCAUCAGUCCAGCACCAGCAGAAGUAUAUUUACCAUAUCUUCAGGUAAUCGUAUUAGCGCAGCGAAAUUUUUUCCAGAUUGCGACGGUCAAAUCUAUGUUACUGGAUCUUGGGACAACUCAGUCGGGGUGUGGGAUUGCCGAAGCGGAAAGAGAGAAAGGUAUUAUCACUGUCUUGUUAAUCUCAUCUUGAACCUGAAUAUUAGCUUCAUGCAGUAUAUGAAAGUGAUGAAAAUUUUACUUUGAACUUACCAAUCAUAUUGAUUUUGAUUUUCUUUGAAUGCCAACUCUAACUCGCUGUCACUCACUCCCACUCUUCUGCUCAGGUUCGUGGAAGAGAGCCUUAUGCUCGUUGGCAGUGGUCCGGAGGCUUUAGAUGUUGACAGAAACAUGAUCCUCACUGGCAGUUAUCGUACGCGGAAUGCUGUGCAGCUUUUCUUAUGAAUCUGCUUCUGUUUAGAUUUUUUUUAGAGCUAGGUAAGAAGUUGUCUCUGUCUCACCCCCCCCGCUUAAAUAGAAAAGUUCCUGGUUAUUUAUACGCAUCGACUCGUCCUGGGUGUGGGUUCCAUAUGCCACUAGGGGCGCAGUCGAAUAGUCAUCCUAACGUCGGAAUAAGAUCGAGAUGUUCCCACCUCGUAAUCGGAAACCCUAAGAGUGUUGAACCAACUUGGAGUUUGUAUCCCAGUCCUCAUUCCCUUUUUCUUCAUAUCGCGAUUUCGGAACGUGCAAGCUAGUGGAAAGCAUCCAGCUGAACGAGGAUAUGCUGCCUUACACAUGCCAGUUCUCUAGGGAUAGCAAGAGGAUUUUCGUCGGAGGCAAGAUCUGCAACGCAUCAGGCCAGGGGAGCUUUGUCACUUAUGGUCCUGUUGCAAUGACUGGCGUAAAAAUGUGUGUGGUUCGCUGUAUUAAUGUGGUUCUGGUUGUUGUAGUAAGUUCCUUUCUUACUUAAAGGGCAGGGAAGUUGUGUCACUUACGCAAAAAGGCUGCUUCUCAAGAGAGUGAAUCAAGUCACGUUAAAAAAAGUGGUGUUGAAACGGUGGACUAGUUGUUCUUACGUCAUCAAUAACGGGUAGAUGAGGACGAGCCAUGACAAGUGUUUUAGAAGUAGUACAAGCUAGACUAGCGGGUAGAACUCGUCUGGGAAAUCUUAGGCAGCUCGCCGAAUAGAUUCAAUUCAUCAGUAGGCUCGUUUCUAAGAUUUUAUCAGGCGUGGGAGUCCGCGGAGCGUGAUCACUUACGAGGACCAUAAGCGUGGAGCGGCAGUCUGGUCAAUCGAUGCGCAUCUCCUAGGUGAUGGCGUCACCGAGUAUGCACUAGGUCACGCCGAUGGCGUCAUUGGAGUCAUGCAUAGCUAGAUGAUUGACUAGUCAUAUUCGUAGAAGGAGUCAUAGAGCCCUAGAUAGAAGGGGUUAUAGGCGAUAAUAAAGUGAGAGGGGGGAUGAAAAAAUUUUCUUACAAAGAAGAGCGAGAAGGAAAAUGGAAGACGAUCAAGUUACGAAGAUGAAGUAGAAACAUCAUCAUUCUAACGUUUACAGACCUCCAUCAUUUUGUUUAGGGAAACGUGAAGAUUCAAGUUACAAGUGUACAGAUUCAACAUAAAAAUUGUAAACAACAGAUCUUCAACAAUGAACUAACGAGCAUAUUACGAACAUAAUACCAAGGAACAUACAAAGGAACAAACGAAACUCGAUCAUUCUUGUUGUUCGUGAAUCAUUACAACAGUCUACAAGAACAUCUACUUGUAUCUAUCGACUAUAUUUUGGGACUUUUCUUCAUAGACAACUACGACUUUUUCAGUGAAAGGGAAUAUACAGCAUUAUUAACAAAUGUAAUAUAUUAUUUAUAUAUAAUGUAAAUAAGAUGGUGGAAUUGGCAAAUCGAUAAGAUUCGAAAGAAAAAAUCUACACGUAAAAGGCAGCAGCAACAAGCUGAUUGGUCGUAUCUUCUAGAUCCAUAGAUGCGUAGUCCACAGGCUUCGGAACUCACGAGGAAGUGGCCAUUCUCGUAGUAGUUCCGUGAUUUUCGUAGUAUCAACGCACCACUGAUUUUCGUAGGGCGAGGACUUCUACUGAUUUUCGUUAAGGAAGGAUGUUAAGGAAGUAGGACGUUGUAGGCGGAUGCGAGACUUGCUGUCUACUUAAUAUCUUCUCUGACAACUUGCUUCUGGACCAACAUUUCCCCUGACUCCUGGAUCAACAUCUCUUUGACUGUGACGGUGUGGUUGAAGAUACUAACAAUGGUUGAGUUGUGUUAGUUUGAAAAUCUCUGUACUUAUAAGAUAGAUUGGAAUCUGAAUCUGGUGAAAACGAACUGCCAUCACGCAAUACUAUGGCAACAUCGAGGUACAGAUCUCCAGACAAGGGGAACAAUCUUUUCAGAAUCGUCAACAAGAAU